CUGUAAGGAGCCGAGAAAAAUGGCGGAUCCACUCCAACUGUUCCUGUGGUUGGUUACGUUCUUGGCGUGCGUCUACAGUUUUCGUCUCUUCUCCGUAAAAUCCAGCAAGCUUCCGCCGGGUCCCGUGGGUCUUCCGAUCGUCGGCUCCCUCUUCCAGGUUGGCACCAAACUCAAUGAGUCCCUGGCGGAGCUUGCCAAGGUGUAUGGGCCGCUGAUGACGCUGCGGCUCGGCUUCAAAACCACGGUGGUUGUCUCCUCCGCUGAGAUGGCCAGGGAGGUGCUGCAGAAGCAUGAUCAGGCCUUCGCAGGGCGAAGCGUCAUGGACGCAGCUAGCCCAUUUGACCACUCCAAGUGGUCGCUGGGGUUGGGACAGAACGGCCCGAGAUGGCGAGAGAUGAGGCGCAUCUGCAACAAUGAGCUGUUCACUCCCCGAAGGCUGGACUCACUGAGGGGGCUGCGUGAACAGAAGGUGCAGGAGUUGCUGCGCCAUGUCCGAGAGGCUUGUCAAGGCGGCCAAGCAGUGAACGUCGGCGAGUGCUCCAUGACGACCACUCUAAACUCCAUCUCCAACACCCUCUUCUCCCAGGACACCAUGGGCCUCGGCUCGGAGUCUGUCACCGAGUUCAGGGCAUUGUUUUUGGACUUGUCCAUCGCCCUUGGCUCGCCAAACAUCUCAGACUUCUUCCCGCUGCUAAAGUUCAUGGACCCACAAGGGAUCAGGCGCCGAACAGAGGUCUGCCUCAAGCGGUUCUAUGAGUUGCUUGAUGAGAUCAUAGAGAAACGCAAUACAUUGGGUAGGGAAGAAAGCAAUUCUAUGCAACAGGAAAUGUUUCUUGCCGGCACUGACACAAGCUCCAGUACUAUUGAAUGGGCAAUGGCUGAACUGCUCCUCAACCCUAAAAAAAUGGAGAUCCUACGUUUGGAACUCAAACAGAUCAUCGGCGAAGAUCGUGUGGUUCAGGAGACAGACAUUCAACAACUCCCUUACUUGCAGGCAGUCGUGAAAGAGACCCUGAGGUUGCACCCACCAAUUCCCCUUCUUGUCCCACAUAGAGCGGAUGCCACCACAAAGGUCGGCGGAUUCACCAUCCCGAAACAUACGGCAGUACUCGUCAAUGUAUGGGCGAUCGGCCGUGACUCCACCUAUUGGGAGAACCCGACGGCUUUCUUGCCGGAGAGGUUUCUGGAGUCGGAUAUAAAUUUCAAGGGGAAGGAUUUUCAUUUCAUUCCUUUUGGAUCAGGAAGGAGGAUGUGCCCCGGCUUACCUUUGGCCAUCCGCACUGUUUAUCUAGCGCUCGCUGCUCUCAUCCAUUCUUUUGAGUGGAAGCUUCCAAAAGGGAUGUCGCCAGAAAAACUUGACGUCGAGGAGUACUUCGGGAUUGGCAUGCGCAAAGCUGUGCCUCUGCUGGCUGUUGCCACUCCUAUAGCAACGUGAAGUAAAUCAAAUAGAUA